AUGGUUGCGUCUGUACCCUUCGCAAUUAUCGGUAUCGACUUCCUCCGACAGUUUGGGUUGCUUGCUGAUGCUGGUCGCCACAGACUUUUAGACGAGCGUACAAAACUAGGGGUUGAUGGGUUCCUUUCAGACGUCCCGAUACUCAGCCCUGUUUUUCGGAUCGCAGGCGCAACGUCCGACUACUUGAGCCUCCGCUCCGGAUACCCGCGACGGGUUCGACCGGCUGCAGAGCAUCCACCAGUCAUGAGAGAUGUCGCUCACCACAUAGUCACGCGCAGUCAACCAGUAAGCGCACAACCAAGACGUCUUGCUCCUGACAGACUACGUGCUGCACGAGCUGACCUCGACCACAUGCUUCAGCUCGGUAUCGUCAGACCGUCCAGCAGCCCAUGGGCGGCACCGUUCCACAUGGUCCCGAAGUUUUAUUCCUUCGGGUUUACACUGGAUAUGGGGUGUGUGUUUGGAGCUGUGGGUGGUGCAGCGCAAGCAAUCCAUGGUCCCUCUGUAGGCGCAGGCGUUCUGCGGCUGGACACAGUGACAGCCAAAUCCGAAACCGAAUGCUGCAAGCCAUGCUUCCCUGAUGCAACCCUCACGGAACUUUUCCGAGGGAAACUCAAGAAAUUAGAAUUUCCUGAUGCAGCACGUGCUGCUUUUAAGUCGCUUAAAGAGGCUAUCGCCAAAAUAGGUUCUAUACUGCAUCGCGAUCCGGCAGCCCCACUGCCCCUCAGUGCUGACGCUUCGGACGUGGCGGUCGGCGCUGUUUUGCAGCAAUGA